CUUUCUCCAAGCAAUCUAUUUAAAAAAAUAUGAAUCGUUCUACAGAAAUGAUGAAUCAAAUCGCCUCUGUCAAAUUGGUACUAUUAGGUGACUCAGCUGUUGGGAAAUCAAGCAUUAUCACAAAAUACGCUACAGAUACAUUUGUAGAAGGGAGGGAGGCAACCAUUGGAGCCGCCUUUUUAGCAAAGAUAUGUUCAACAGAGGAUAGAACCGUCAAGUUUGAUAUCUGGGAUACCGCAGGACAAGAAAGAUUUCGUUCAUUAGCACCCAUGUACUAUCGAAAUGCCGCAGCUGCCUUAGUCGUCUUUGAUGUGACAAAUUAUAAUUCGUUUAUAGGAGCCAAGAGAUGGAUCGACGAGUUGCCCUCGGAUGUAAUGGUUGCUUUGGUCGGAAAUAAAAUUGAUUUGGAAACCCAGAGACAAGUGUCAACUGAAGAAGUGCAAGAGUACAUAAAGGAAAAUAGUCUGUUAUAUAUAGAAACAAGCGCGUGCUUAGGAACGAAUGUGGAUCAUGUGUUUAAAGAAAUAGCCAGAAACGUAUCUUUAAGAAAACCGUCAAGAGCAAGACAGAUUGAACUUGAUAAGCAAGCUCAGCGUAGUAGCUGUGCAUGUUAAAUGUAUACCAUAUAAUGUAAUAUUCCCCCUUUUUUUUGUUAUUCUGUAAUUAGUACCAAUAAAUAUCCCGGCGCAUAAGCAUGAUGUUUACUACAAUUA